GAGAGGAGGGCGUUUGAGCUGCGCCGCGGCUUCAGAGGAGGAGAGAUGUUUAUUCAGCUGCUGAAUGAAGGAGAGGAUGAACACACACAGAGGAACCUCUCGGUGAAUCAAUGAACGGAACCAGACCUGGGCUCAUUCUACUACACAGAACCGGUUUUGGACCUCACUCGAUUCUGAGCUGACCCUAAGCGAGUGAUUAAACGUCGGGCCGGAUGCUUCAGUAACAAUGGCUCCUGCGGCCAUGCCUGUCCCUACAUCUGCCUUCGUCUCCCUCCGCUCCACCUCCUCCUCCUCACUUCUCUUCCUCCUCAUCUUCCUCACUGUGCUGAUCUCAUGCCCGGCUCCGGCCCUCGCAGAGUCUUCAGGGAACUGUACGGCUAGCGGAGACCCCUGUCAGGAAGGAGUGGUACUUCCUGUUUGGAACCCCCAGAACCCGUCAGUGGGAGACAAAGUGGCACGGGCAAUUGUUUACUUUGUGGCACUUAUUUACAUGUUCCUGGGCAUGAGCAUCAUAGCGGACCGGUUCAUGUCGUCCAUAGAGGUCAUAACAUCCCAAGAGAAGGAGAUCACAAUAAAAAAGCCAAACGGUGAAACCACAACGGCUACGGUCCGGAUCUGGAACGAAACCGUUUCCAAUCUCACGCUCAUGGCUUUGGGCUCAAGCGCUCCUGAGAUUCUGCUGUCAGUUAUUGAGGUGUGCGGUCACGGCUUUGAGGCCGGGUCUCUGGGUCCCAGCACCAUCGUGGGCAGCGCCGCCUUCAACAUGUUCGUGAUCAUCGCCCUCUGCGUGUACGUGGUUCCCGACGGAGAGACGAGGAAGAUCAAACACCUCCGGGUGUUCUUCGUCACGGCAGCAUGGAGCUUGUUCGCCUACAUCUGGCUCUACAUGAUUCUGAGCGUGAUUUCUCCCGGAGAGGUGGAGGUAUGGGAGGCUGUGCUCACCUUCCUCUGCUUUCCCCUCUGCGUCGUCCAAGCCUGGGUGGCCGACCGGCGACUUCUCUUCUACAAGUACGUCCGCAAGCGUUACCGUGCCGACAAGCACCGCGGCAUCAUCAUUGAGACGGAGGGAGAUGGAGGGAUUGGCGGCAUGGACGGAGGAGGCGGAGGAGGAGCGUUGGGUCCGGGUGGAUUCACAAAGAUGGACAUGCUGGAACUAGACGGACAGAUCGCGCUGAACUGCCACAGCGGGAUGGACGGAGGGAUGAUGGAGGGGGGAAAGGAUGAGGAUGAUGAGGCCAGGAGGGACAUGGCGAGGACACUGAAGGAGCUGAAGCAGAGACACCCAGACAAGGACAUGGAGCAGCUGAUCGAGAUGGCUAAUUACCAGGUUCUGAUGCAGCAGCAGAAGAGCCGAGCGUUUUACCGCAUCCAGGCCACCAGGAUGAUGAUCGGAGCUGGAAACAUCCUGAAGAAGCACGCCGCUGACCAGGCUCGCAAGGUGGUGAGCAGCAACGAGACGCAGACUCAGGAGGACGACCCUCACACCAUCAGGAUGGAGUUUGAGCCGUCUCUGUACCAGUGCUUCGAAAACUGCGGCUCCCUGAAUCUGACCGUAGCCAGACACGGAGGAGACCCCGGAGUCACUGUCAAAGUGGAUUAUCGCACAGAGGACGGCACGGCCAACGCGGGCUCAGAUUACGAGUUUGCUGAAGGAACGCUGCUGUUUAAGCCUGGAGAGACCCUCAAAGAGAUUACCGUCGGCGUCAUCGACGAUGACAUCUUUGAGGAGGACGAGUAUUUCUACGUUCACCUCAGUAACCCCCGCGUGGUCGGCUGCCCCGAGAUUGGCGCCGCCCCGCUGGACGCCAGCGCCGCCCCGAAGGCCGUGCUGGGAGAAAACCACACGGCCACGGUGACCAUCUACGAUGACGACCACGCAGGUAUCUUCACGUUCGAAGGCGCCAGUCAGAGGGUGAGUGAGAGCGUGGGCGUGAUGGAGGUGAAGGUCCUCCGGACGUCAGGGGCCCGCGGUCUGGUCGCCGUCCCCUAUCGGACCCUGGACGGGACAGCUAAAGGAGGGGAGGACUACGAAAUGGCUGCUGGAAAGCUGGAGUUUCAGAACGACGAAACCAUGAAGGUCAUUGAGGUGAAAAUUAUUGACGAUGAAGAGUAUGAGAAGAACAAAACCUUCACCAUUGAGCUUGGAGAGCCGGUUCUGCUGGAGAUCGGACAGAAACAUGGUGACUCCAACGAGAACAAACCGCUGGUGGGAGCGGAGGAGGAAGAGGUGGCCAAGAUGGGCUGCCCCAGUCUGGGUGAACACACCCAACUGGAGGUGAUCAUCGAAGAGUCCUACGAGUUUAAGAAAGCAGUAAAUACUCUGCUUACUGAUAAGAACACAGUAGAUAAGUUGAUCAAGAAGACGAACCUGGCCCUGGUGGUGGGAAGCAGCAGCUGGAGGGAGCAGUUUGUCAGCGCCGUUACUGUCAGCGCAGGAGAUGAUGACGAGGAGGAGAGUGGCGAAGAGCGGCUACCCUCCUGCUUCGACUACAUCAUGCACUUCCUCACAGUGUUCUGGAAGGUUCUGUUUGCCUUUGUCCCACCCACGGAGUACUGGAAUGGCUGGGCCUGCUUCUUCGUCUCCAUUUCACUGAUCGGCGUCCUCACUGCCGUCACCGGGGAUCUGGCCUCGCACUUCGGCUGCACGAUAGGACUGAAGGACUCCGUGACGGCCGUGGUGUUUGUGGCUUUGGGGACAUCGGUACCAGAUACUUUUGCCAGUAAGGUUGCGGCCAUCCAGGACCAGUACGCUGACGCCUCCAUCGGCAACGUGACUGGCUCCAACGCCGUCAACGUCUUCCUGGGUAUCGGUGUGGCGUGGACCAUUGCCGCCAUCGCCUGGCGCUCUAAGGGCAAGCCUUUCAGGGUGGACCCAGGAAACCUGGCCUUCUCCGUCACCCUCUUCACCAUCCUGGCCGUGGUGUGCGUGUUGACGCUUCUCUACCGCCGGCGACCCACGGUGGCCGGAGGCGAGCUGGGCGGGCCGCGGACUUGCAAGUUGCUAACGUCGCUGCUGUUCGUCUCUCUGUGGCUAAUUUACAUCCUGCUGGCUUCGAUGGAGGCCUACUGCCAUAUACAAGUGUUUUAGAAAGAGACCUGACUGGUGCGGAGGAGGUGGGAAACCUUAAGACUUUAUCUGAAAAUGGAUUUCAUGUCAUUCAAUUAUGUUUUUUCCCUAAAUAAAAUGAGUGUACACCCUCAUGAGAACCAACAGCUCCCCCAACAAUGUUGAGACUAAUUAUUCUCGUCUUUUAAAGAAGCUCUUUGAACAAUAAAGGCCCUCCAGUGUAUCAAGGAAAACCUUGAAACAGUGUUAUCAUCAGAGGACUGCUGUUGUUUCACUUUAAAGCCAAACCAGCUGCAGAGAAGAUAAUCAGCUGAGCUUUGAAGAAAGAAGCAGAGCUGAGAGGAAGAACGAAGGUCAGCGAUAAAGCCACAAAAGUCAACAACAAAACCAGAGAGAAGAGCGCGUCGUGCAGCAGCCGAAUGAAAAAUGACGGAGAAAAAGGUUAGAGAUAAACUGAGCUGCAGGAAACCCCGACAGCCUUUCCUCUGUCAUUACACCUCCAUGAAAAAUGAAUACCCACUGAAACUAUUUUUACAUUUUCUCACAUUACAACCUCAAACUUUAACACUUUUUAUUUAGAUUAUAUGUGAUACACCCACUAAAAGUUAAGUUUUAUAUAGAAGUUAAAUCACACUAGUACUCCAAUCACUGAUUGAGUAACUUCUGAAGGGAAUUGGACUGAUGUAUUUAUUUACAGGGUAUUCAAGUAAAUGGGGUAAUGUGCAUAGCAUGCUUUUCAUAUUUUAGUGUGCAACAGAUUUGAAAUCCAUGUAUUCUUUAGUUCAUCUUUUCUAUUAUUUUGUAAGAUCCCACUGAAGUUUACAGUUGUAGUGCGACAAAAUGUAAAAAAGUUCAGGAGGUAUGAAUACUUUUGAAAGGCUCUGUGCUACAGAGGAACAGUGGAUCAUCGCCCUUGACUUCUAACUUUCAUCGCCUUUUUCCUCUCAAUACACUCAAAAUGACGGGGCCCUCAGGAGAUCCUGCACUAAAACCUGCCGGCGAGAUGAUAAAUUAACCCUCUUCUUCCUCUUAUUUAAGGAUACACUGUGCAAAAAUUGUCUCAUUGUACAAACCUUCCUGUCCUGAUCGUCCCCCUGCCUGCCUCAUGUUCCCCAUCCUCGCCCUACGUGUCCAAAAAGAAAACUCGACGUUGUGACAAGUCGCCACCAUAAAACCCUUUUUAAACUCUUCCCAUGUCCCCUUUUCCUCCUCCCAAAACACAUUUUCUACUCUUUUCAAUGGCGUCACGUGUUGAUGUUGUUAUCGUGGAAUUGUAAAAACAACAACAACAAAUAUACAAAAACAGAGCGACAGAAGAAAGAUGUCAAGAAACGCAGAGUGGAAUAAAAGCCGAGCUGAUGAGGAUGUACAAAAGUACUGAGCGCUACACAUUGUUACGUAAAAUGUUUACACUUUGAAAAACAACUAAUCGAACUAUAGCCAAUAGGGGACUUCCGUACACCAGAAGGACCAAUCAAAAUGAAGGAUGGUACUGACUGUGAUCGUGACGACAACUGUGAAGGAAACGGUGUAGAAAAAUCCAAACUAUGACCAUAACCAGUGUUUCUAUUUGUACAUGAUAUUAUCAGAAACCUGUAUCGAUGUGUGUGGGACAUGACUGGUAUUUUAUUUAUGUGAAGCCUCCAUCUUUGUGGGAACAAGAUUGAGAGAGUUAAAGGGAAAAAUACAAGGCAGCUGAAGAAUCACGCGUCUGUUCUGCAUCACGGGGCGUUUCUUUGUACCAAACUAUAACAAAUUGUCACAAAUCACUAACACAACCUUUUUAAACUGUGCAGAUUUACUUUUUAAACUCCCCAAUGUGCCGGCAGCUGUGGUGAGUACAACACUACAAAUGUGCUACGUGAUCUGCUGUGUUUUUAUGGGUGAAUCUGUUUGUUUUGCUUUUGUGAAAUUGUUUUAAGCCACAUUUCAUGUCAAAUUAACUGUUCCGACAUCCACGUCUGUCUGGAAAAGAAGUGUUGAAGCGCAGUUUUUAGAUCGUCUCUUGCCCAGAAGCGUGUCUGGAACCGGACAGAUGGGACGGCAUAUGGUUGGUCGACGCGGAUUAUUAAUAAAUUCAUUCCCUUUGUCAAACCACGUUACAGAAAGAAAAAACCCCACAGAAACCAAGCUACUUUCCUCUAACUGAGGACCAUGCUGCCUGCAGACUUCAAGGAAAUAAACUUUGAACCCAACUAAAACAGGUUUGCAACGCUGAUGAGAACCAGCAAAACUUUGAAAAGACCAGCAAGUACAAUGUUCAGCAAGCAUAACUGCAUGUAUAACAACCCAUUUCCUUUAAUUUAACAUUUUUUUGGCAGCAAUGAAGGCAGAAACACAUCAAAUUAUUCCUAAGUUAAAGGUCGGAAUAGAGUAAGAGGAACUGCGUCACUUCAAGCAAAGGCUAUGCAUAUAGUGGUUGUAAGAGAAGUUAGGCAUCAGCAGUGAAAAAUUCUCUGCCUCAUUUGGCUCAGACACGGAGGAAAAUGAUGCUGCUACAGUUAAUUGUCUGUAAAACAAAUCAUUUUCUUACCAGAUAAGAUAUAUACCUCCUACAAUCUGUGAAAUACCCCAUAAAAUCUAACAUUUGUUUUGUUGGACGGUCUUUAUCAUCUUCUUUCAGAAACUAUAUUUUGAGUUGAUCAGGAAAACAAAAAAAUAUAGUUUUUGUCUCAGAAACAGCUGGUACAAUUUUAGUUGUCAGAAAUGUUAUUGCUUUCUAGAAACAUCGAUGGUAUCCUUCACUUCCAGUACAUCCCAGUUCAAUCCAAGGUCGACUGGGGAGAAUAUUUUUAGCAGAGUGAAAGAACUGAGUGACAAAAGAAAAAAGACAAGAUGUCCAAGUUUGAUCAGUGUAAAGAUUUUGCCCUCAGCAGUUACAUUCAGGGCUUCUAGCCGACAUCAGGGUGUCUGUCCAAUGUGUGCCGUAGGGACCUUUUGCUGUCCCAGGAUUAAAUUUGUGAACUGAAGAUAAAGAAAUAAAAUGUUCCCCUUCUUAAUUUCUAAUUAAGUAAAAGUUAUUACUGACGUAUUAAAACUAUUCUACGAUGGAAAACAUUUGUUAAAAGUAUUCUCUCUUAAUAACAACCACUCUCUUUAAUUUGAUCAUUGACAAGAACACAUCUGUCCAAUAACGUUUAUAUACAUUUUUUAGAUUUUAGGGUUUAGAAAUGGGUAUUUUUAGCCACUUUUGACACCACUGGCCUCCACAGUAUAAUUUCUGUUCAUUUCUUUAGCAUGUCUUUAGUUCGCCAUAUGCAAGUAAAGAGGCUUCUAGGGACCCCCACACCACCAGGGGGCCCCCAAGAGCACAACGCUAGCAUGAUAAUGUAUGUACAUUGAAAAUAACAUUGAAUUAUACAAACUAAAUGCUAUUACACAUGGCAAACAAUUUUUAUAUUAUUUUUACAGUUGUUACACAAAUAAUAGAUUAAUAUCUUCCUGCUGUUGCCAUGAUUGGGGAAAUAUAAGAUAAGAAACUUGUUUAGUGUGUUAUUUUCAAAGAGUUAAAAUGAUGUGGCACACUUAAAUACCACUCUGCAUUUCAAAAUCUAACUAUUUCGUUUUAGUUUGUUACUCCUGUAAGGUUCAAAUUAAUAGCCAUAACACCGGCACGACGUAAGCUAGUUACAAAUUAUGUUAUUGCUAGUAGGUAUGUUACACAAAAUAGCUGAGGAAGAAUAUAAUCAUGUGGUGUUGACCAGCUUCAAAUAAAAACCUGUUUAGGGCCCCAGAAAGGCUUUGGCCGGCCCGGUCUUCAGUCUUGUUUGUAGCACUGCUCGUUAGCUUGCUUGUGUUUUUAAAACAUGACUUGCUGAUUGGCUGCUAGGCCAUCAGUCUGGCCAGACUCUUUUUCCUGAAUGACUUAAGCUUCUGUAACCGGUUAAAGAAAGAGCAGGCAGCAGGAUAAUAAUGCUGCUGACGCCACGGGGUAAACAAGCAGGCUGAAUUAGAGAGCCUGGCUGUUUAAAGGUUGGUAAUCUUCGCUGGAGGACAGCUGCAUGUUGGAAAGUGAAGAAAUGUAACAAUAUUUUUGUCCUUCUGCCUGUUGCUUGGCUACCAGCUAAACUGAGUCUGUGGGACUCUAGCUCCGUGUCGUCGUUCUCUUUCAUUAUCCGUGUUUUCUGUUCCUCUAUCGAACAUUACCGUGUCAUUUCUCAUUCAGUUAUUCUCUCUGUGAAGCAUACGUGUGUUAGGGGGGUUUUGUCUGUGUGAGCUGGUGUUGUAAUCUCCUUACCAGGACUUGCCCUGUGUCUUUGGCAAACAUCCCAAACACGAGAUUAAUGAAUACGAAUAACAGCCGGACCCACAGGGGGGAUAAAAACAAAAAAAGGUUAUAAAUUGGAUUAUCUGUGUAUGUGUGUGUGUGGGGGGGGGUACCUGCCACGUAAUAUUAGAUUUGUAAUAAAUCUGGCUGUCAUUCAAAACUGAGAAUAGAUCUUGGCAGGAGGGUUGAAAGUGUCGCCUUUUAUUUUACGCUGAGGUCGCCGUCUGUUCGUUCCCCGACCGGCUGACGGUCGCCGCCGUCGUGUUUACGUACGUUCAUAAGACACCGUCACAGGUAGACCACAUGCAGACAGCUAAAACAUCAAAUUGCCAGAGAAAACGCAGAAAUGUGUUUUUAAAAACUGAAACAAUCAGAGAAACGGUUCACAAAAUUGAAGAAAUGUUUCAUUAAUAUGGUUCAAAGUUUUCUGGCACUUUAAUGAGAUGCCAGAAAAAGUGCCGGUUUAACAGGAGUGCUCAACUAUAAAGAGUAUUGAGGAAAGCAAUGGGAGCCCCUCCAUGCCCACAGGUUGCUGCACACUGCUAGUCAGCCGGCUUAAAGAAGGCUACGACACUCUCUUUGCUUUGAAAACAGAAAAUUCUGCAGUUUGGAAGUAUCUUGUAUAGCAAAAAACAAAUCAGUCGUUUUCUGGAAACUGAAGGAGCUUUAACCACCACUCUUGUUAAAUUAGCAACAUUUAAAUUAACGCCAUUUUUAAAACUAUCAGUUAAACAGCCAAUGGGAGACUGUGGUUCACUGGACUCAAAGUGUUAGAAAUGUCCCUGGUAAACCUGGUUGAUGACUCAAAUUAUUUCAUUUCACAUCUGCUCAUGAACUGCUUUGGUUCUUGACAUCUUUUCACCUACUUCAUAUUAUGAGGUUUUGAAAUAUUUGAGAAAUUUCAGACCUGGGUUUGGCCAGUAUAAAUCAUAGUGAAUUUAUGAUUUAACAAGGACUGAAAUUACUUUUGAACAUAAGACUGGCUGUAUUAUAUUCUGGGGGAUGUUUUACAUUUACUCCAGUUAUCUUUGUCUCAUUCAGAUGUUGUUCAAAAAACAAAUACCAAUUGUAGUAAAAAAAAAUUUUUUUCUAUUUUUGGCCAAGACGACCAGCAAAAAGAACAAAAAUGACAGACAAUAAAUAUAAAUAAAUAUAGUUAUACAUUUGACUUUUAUUUUUGUGUAAAUACUGAACCAUUGUAUUUUUACAAACUAUUAUACCAUGACAAUUUUAUAUCAGCCUACAUCUAACUAGUUGGGUCUGCACUACUGUUCCAGGUGGCCACAACUUUUUUAAUCUAUAACUUUUGUUCUGAAAAUGACUUGUCUUACCCAAGUUAUAGCUUGUGUCAUUUCGAAUAAAAGUAGAGUAUCGAUUACCUUUUUUAUCAUUUGCAAUGCACUCUAAAAACAGUGAUGGCACCACUUCGUCUGUCUGAUAACACUUAGGCUGAACCCUUUGCCUUUUAACGUGGCUCAGUUCUACAAAACAGUGAAUAUUAGAAGGAAAUGUUAUUCAUUUACAAUAAGUUUAAGCCAAGAUUGUUUGUAGAAAGAAAUGAUGGCUCCCUACUUGUCCAGUGUAUAUAUUUUGUAAUACUUUGUUUAUUUUCUAGAAGGAAGAAAGGAAGUUAUCCAAAUCAUCUUUAAGUAUUCCUUGGCGGUUUCUAUGCGUAAAGCGGCCAUGUUGGAUUUGGAAACCAGAAUGGUUGACUUCUGGGGGCAAUAUAGUCAAUUUCUAACUGGGAAAUCUAUAUUCUGGCUUCACACUUUAUUUGCAGUUCACCAUGUAUCUGAAGGCCUAAUGAGCUCUGUGUUUGUGUGUCAUGAGAGGAAUGUGUUAAAUCAGGUUGGAGGCGAGAGGAUUGUACUGCAGAAUGUUCAUAUGGAAAAACCCGGAUGGUUAAUGAAGGAAGCUGCUGUUACGAUUACAUUGCCUUUUUCCAGAGUUGGCAUAUUUCCAUAAAAAAUUAUUUCCAGAAUAUUAAGAAUCCAGAAGUGACCAAGCAAAGCAACAUUACAUUCUUAAUUAUACACAAAGAUAUAACUUUGUUUUUAAAUUGGUAAAUUUACCUCACCAUUUUUUUUAGAUUUUUUUUUUUUGCCAUCUGUUUAAAUACUUAUUACUCUGAAUUCUGUUAUUAUAUUGGUUGUUUAC